AUGGCAUUUGGAGCCAUUUGUUUCGAAACCUUUUUUGCAUAUCUUUAUGAAUAUAAUUAAAGAUUAAAUUUUUCAUAAGGAAUUAUUAUACAAUAGCAAAAUAAUUUUAUGUAUAAAUUUACGACUUAAAAAAUUCUGAUUUUAAGUUUUAACGAAAAUAAGUCAUUUUUUAAAUUGGAUUUUGUCAAUAAAAAGUUUGAAUCAAUCUAUAACAUUGAAAAUAAUUUAGAUAACCUUAAAGAAUUCCUAAGAAAUCAUUUUAUUAUUAAUUUACCUACACAUUAAAUGUCUGGCAGUUUAAAAGUACAAAAAUUUGCUAAUAAAUAAAUAACGUUAGAGGAUUUGUUAUUCGAAAAAUAUAAAGCUUAAACAGAUCUAGUUGAAGAAUUUAGUGAAUUUUAAAUGAUAGAUUAAAAUAAAAGUUAAAGUGAAAUUCAGAUUUAACUAAUUAAUGGAUUAAAAACAUAAUUUGUAAUAAUUAUUUAAGAAAAUAAAAACGAAAUUUAAAUCGAAAAUUAUGAAAAGAAGAUUUCUAUUAUGAAUAAUAUAGCAAUAAAUUUUUCUAUUUUAGUUGGCUAACAAUUAUAAUCUAUAUAUAGGUAAAUAUCUGAUUUAGAAAUUUAUGAAUACGAACUUCAAAAUUUAAAUAAAAUAUAAGGAACCAUGUAAUAUUUACUUAACGAAACUAAGAAUUAAUUCAUGUUUUACUCUUACAAAAAACUCCAUUAACUAAGAUAAGAAAUAAACCAUUGUUAAUUAUCUGCUGUUAUUAUCGCUUUAAAACCUUAUUUUCUUUACUAAAGUCGAAAAUCUAAAAGAGAAUUUCAAUUGCUAUUUUAAUUAGAGAAAGAUAAUGUUUAAAUGAAGAUAAACACAAAAUUAUUAACGCAAAUAUUAAUAAAUAUCUUCAAUAGAAUUCUAAUCUAUUCAAAAUCAAAUAGCAGGAUAUUAUUAAAAAUAUCGAAAGAAUAUGAUUUAAACCCAUAAUCAAUUUAUUAAUCACAUAAAUGCUUAUAAAAUUCAUCCUCAUCAAAAUAUGAUUAUCUAUGCUCUUCUUCAGAAAAUAUUCAACUUCUGGUUAACCUUAAUUUUAUAUUUACAAGAGAUGAUGAAAUUAAAGAUUUUGAAAGAUGCUUUGUAAAUUAAAAUAAUGAGUAUGAACAGAGUGAUGAUUUAAUAUCAAUGGUCAAUUCAUAUUUAUUAAAAUAAAUUAGUCCUUAUAAUAAGGUAUUUAUCAUUGAGGAGUAAACCUCUGAAUCACUAAAUACGACUCUAAAGUUGUAUAUUUACUCUGAUUAAACUCAGAUUGAUCCAUCUUAUAGUGCAGCUUUAAAAUAGUAAAACAUAAUUGAUUGA